AAGCAAAACUAAAGCACAAGUCCAAAAUUUUCUAUUUAAGAGAAAACAGUAAAAUGAAAAAUCCAAGAAAAAGGUGAAAAAUGGAGUUUUUGGGUUUCUGGGGUUUUGUUUUCACAGCUUCAGUUGGUGGAUUUGGUGCUCUACUUUUGAUUCUAAAGAAAGCAAACGAAUGGCUGUUCGUGAGAAAAUUGGGUGAAAACAAGCACACUCUACCUCCGGGUGACCUGGGCUGGCCUUUCAUUGGCAACACCCUGUCGUUCAUCAAGGCUCUAAAAUCGGAUCAUCCGGAGUCGUUCAUCUCCAAUCAUGUCAAAAGGUUUGGCAGCACUGGAAUUUACAAAGCCUGUUUGUUUGGAAAGCCAACCAUAAUUGUAACAACAGCUGAAACGUGCAAGCAGGUGCUGAUGGAUAGUUUACAAUUCAAGACCGGUUGGCCAAAAUCAACGUCGGAAUUAAUGGGAAGGAAAUCAUUUAUGAGCCUAUCUGGAGAGGAACACAAGCGCCUUCGCAAGCUGACAGCCGCCCCAAUCAGUGGUCACAAGGCACUGUCUAUGUACCAUGAGUAUAUAAAGGAUGUCAUAGUCAGUUCAUUGGAUGAAUUAGCGGAAGCGGAGAAGCCCGUUGAGUUCUUGACUGAGAUUAGGAAGAUCACAUUCAGAAUAAUCAUGUUCAUUUUCUUGAGUUGUGAGGUUGGUACACCGUUAGAAACCAUGGAAAAGGAAUAUGCUAUUAUGAAUCAUGGUCUAAGGGCCAUGGCCAUUAACCUUCCUGGCUUUGCUUUUCAUAAAGCCCUCAAGGCUAGAAGAAGGAUGGUUAAGAUUAUUCAAGGUAUUUUAGACGGAAGGCGGGCAAGAAACGAAGCUCAGAUAUCAAGGGAAAGAACAGAUUUGACAGAUAUGUUAAUGGAAACCGAAGACGAAAAUGGUAACAAAUUAGAUGAUGAAGAGAUUAUAGACAUAGUCCUCAUGUACUUAAACGCUGGUCAUGAAUCUACAGCCCAUGCCACUUUGUGGGCUACUCUCUUCUUACAUGAAAAUCCAGAAUACUACCAAAAAGCCAAGGCAGAACAACUGGAGAUUCUGAAGACGGCAUCACCAGAAGAAGGAUUGAACUUUAAAGGAACUAAACAGAUGGAAUAUCUUUCCAAGGUAAUCGAUGAAACUCUGCGCAUUGUUAACGUCUCAUUGUAUAGCUACCGAGAGGCUGCUACUGAUGUCAAAGUCUCUGGUUACACAAUACCAAGGGGCUGGAAAGUAAUGAUGUGGUAUAGAGGUGUCCAUUUGAACCCAGAAUAUUAUCCAGAUCCAAAGAAGUUUAACCCCUCAAGAUGGAAUGGAAGUAAUGCCAAGGCACGGAGUUUCAUUCCCUUUGGAAUAGGAAGUAGGCUAUGCCCUGGAAGUGAUUUGACCAAGCUUGAAAUUACUAUCUUUCUUCACUAUUUUCUCCUUAAUUAUGAGCUUGAACGUCUCAAUCCGGCAAUUGGAGUGAGUUAUUUACCCCAUCCAAGACCCAAAGACAAUUGCCUUGCAAAAGUUAAGAAGCUUCCAUCAUCAUCUAUAUAACCUGAAAAAUACCUGGGCAGACUUGCUUUCCUUUGUAAAAUAUGUUUUAAGUCCUCAUCCCGUGGAUAAGAGCUAGUUAGUGGAAGAUUACAAUGGAAAAGUGAGGCUGGCCCCUUUGUUUUUAUAUGUCAUCACUUUGUCGUAUUUGGGAUUUUCGAUUUUCCAAUGUUUCUGCGGAUACAACUUGGUCCUCCAAUCCUUGAACAUACCCUUCUUGUAAAAUAUUAGUAUUUGUUGUAAAAUCGAUGGUGUGUGCAGUGGAAUAAAUAAACAAGACACAAAAUUUACGAGGUUCCUCUACAGUCAGUAUGACUAGAGUACAUCCUAGGGACA